UGCCGAGGGUACAGCCCUAAAAAGACAAAAAGACAAAAAAAAGAAAAAGAAAAGAAGGAUGGGGGUUUUCUCUGAGGGCUCACUCACUUGGUAUCAAAUGCAGUACAAAUUACUGGGCAAAACUAGCAAUACAUUAAACUGCUAAAUGGAAAUUUCUCUUCCAGUUAGAUGAUUAACCCAGAAGAACAUCUAUAAUGAAAUAGGAUUUUUUCCCAAGGGUUUUUACUUCUGUUAUCCAGCAAGAUGCUUAUGACAAGCCUGUGAAGAUAGGGUAGGUAUUGCUUUUCCCUCGCUGCAAGUGCAGCGGCUAGUUGGCUGCGACCUUCCAGCGUCACAGCUGGUAAGAUACCGAGGGGCCCCGACCCAGGCCUGGAGGCAGGGGAAUGACUUCUCAGACUUGCACGUCACCCCCCAAAGGAGAUCUUUUCUCACCUGCAACACCUCAGGGAGGGAGGCAGCUCUACUGGAGGGGACGUGUCUACCUGGGAGUCUUUUCCUUGACAGCCCCCCUCCCAGUACGCCUCACAGGAACCAAGUAUGCCUGCGGAAGAGGAGGCUGUGGUGCCUGCACCGUGAUGGUGUCGAAGCGAGACCCCGUGUCCCAGAAGAUAAGACACUUCUCUGUCACCGCAUGCCUGGUGCCCAUCUGCUCUCUGUAUGGAGCUGCUGUCACCACUGUGGAAGGAGUUGGAAGCAUCAAAACCAGGCUUCACCCCGUGCAGGAGAGACUUGCCAAGAGCCACGGCACCCAGUGCGGCUUCUGCACCCCCGGGAUGGUGAUGUCCAUGUACGCGCUGCUCAGGAACCACCCGCAGCCCUCAGAGGAGCAGCUCCUGGCAGCCCUGGGGGGUAACCUCUGCCGCUGCACUGGGUAUCGGCCAAUUCUCGAGAGUGGAAAGACCUUUUGCUCGGAGUCAAAUGGCUGUCAACAGAAAGGAACAGGAAAAUGCUGCCUGGAUCAGGGAGAAAAUGAUUCUGCCUCGCUCGACAGAAAAAGUGACAUUUGCACAGAGUUAUUUGCGAAUGAGGAGUUCCAGCCCUUGGACCCCACCCAGGAGCUCAUAUUUCCCCCAGAACUCUUGAGAAUGGCAGAGAACCCAGAAAAACGAACUCUGACCUUUCGUGGAGAGAGGGUCACCUGGAUCUCCCCUGGGACCCUCAAGGACCUCCUGGAGCUGAAAGUGAAAUAUCGGGACGCUCCUCUCAUCAUGGGCAACACCUCACUCGGACCUGCAAUGAAAUCCCAAGGACGUUUUCACCCAAUUCUACUCUCUCCUGCUAGGAUUUCUGAGCUGAGUGUGGUGUCUAAAACAAGUGAUGGACUGACAAUAGGUGCUGGCUGCAGCCUGUCCCAGGUGAAUGAUAUCUUGGCUGAGAGCAUAUCUGAGCUCCCGGAGGAGAAGACCCAGACGUACCGAGCCCUCCUGAAGCACCUGAAGAGUCUGGCGGGCCAGCAGAUCCGGAACAUGGCCUCCUUAGGAGGACAUAUUAUAAGCCGGCAUUGCUAUUCGGAUCUGAAUCCCAUUCUGACUGUGGGCAACACUACCCUCAAUCUGAUAUCAGAAAAAGGCACACGGCAGAUUCCUCUAGGCGAACAUUUUCUUGCUGGCUUGGCAAGUGCAGAUCUGAAGCCAGGGGAAAUUUUGGAGUCUGUGUAUAUCCCUCACUCUCGGAAGUGGGAAUUUGUGUCAGCCUUCCGACAGGCUGAGUGCCAGCAAAAUGCCUUGGCCGAUGUGAACGCUGGCAUGCGAGUCCUCUUCAGAGACGGCACGGACACCGUCGAGGACCUGAGCAUCGCCUACGGAGGGGUCGGGGCUGCCACCGUCAGUGCACAAAAGUCCUGCCAGCAGCUUCUAGGGAGGCGCUGGGAUGAGCUGCUGCUGGAUGAGGCUUGCAGGCUGCUGCUGGACGAAGUCUCCCUCCCAGGCUGGGCUCCAGGCGGGAGAGUAGAAUUCCGGAGGACUCUGGUGGUCAGUUUCUUCUUCAAGUUCUACCUGGAAGUUCUGCAGGAACUGAAGAAGGGAGUAGAGCAGUUCCCUGUGCCUGGCACCUGCCGUUCUCCUGAAAUUUCAGACGGAUUCCUAAAUGCUCUAGAAGACUUCCCGGUCACCAUACCCCAGGGAGUCCAAAGGUACCAGAGUGUGGAUUCUCACCAGCCCCUCCAAGAUCCAGUCGGACGCCCCAUCAUGCACCUCUCAGGUCUUAAACAUGCCACAGGUGAAGCCAUAUUUUGUGAUGACAUUCCCAUGGUGGAUAAAGAACUUUGCAUGGCUUUGGUGACCAGUACCAGAGCCCAUGCAAAAAUCAUAUCAAUUGAUCUGUCUGAGGCCCUUGAACUACCGGGGGUGGUUGAUGUGAUAAGAGCUGAGGAUAUUCCAGGCACCAACGGUGCUGAAGGUGACAAGUUGUUGGCUGUAGAUGAGGUACUUUGCGUGGGCCAGAUCAUCUGUGCUGUGGUUGCAGAAACAGAUGUACAGGCAAAGCGUGCAAGUGAAAAGAUAAAGAUAACCUAUGAAGAGCUGGAGCCUGUAAUUGUCACCAUCGAGGAUGCCAUAAAACACAACUCAUUUCUGUGCCCUGAAAAAAAACUUGAACAAGGAAACAUGGAGGAGGCAUUUGAAAACGUCGAUCAAAUUGUUGAAGGAGAGGUCCACGUGGGCGGACAGGAACACUUUUACAUGGAAACGCAGAGAGUGCUUGUUAUUCCAAAGACCGAGGACAAAGAACUGGACAUUUAUGUGUCAACACAGGAUCCAGCCCACGUGCAGAAAACGGUGUCCUCUACUUUAAACAUCCCCAUCAACAGGAUCACCUGUCAUGUAAAACGAGUAGGUGGAGGUUUUGGCGGGAAGGUGGGAAGACCAGCUGUAUUCGGGGCUAUUGCUGCUGUGGGCGCCAUCAAAACUGGUCACCCCAUCCGUCUUGUUCUUGAUCGCGAAGAUGAUAUGUUAAUAACUGGGGGAAGACAUCCAUUAUUUGGAAAAUAUAAAGUGGGAUUCAUGAACAGCGGGCGAAUCAAAGCUCUGGACAUUGAGUGCUUCAUUAACGGAGGGUGCAUGCUGGAUGACUCGGAGCAGGUGACAGAAUUUCUUAUACUGAAGCUGGAAAAUGCAUAUAAAAUCCGCAACCUCCGACUCCGGGGCCGUGCGUGCCUGACACAUUUACCAUCCAACACGGCCUUUCGUGGAUUUGGCUUCCCGCAAGGAACCCUGGUGACAGAAUCCUGCAUCACAGCUGUGGCAGCCAAAUGUGGCCUUCUGCCAGAAGAGGUUAGGGAGAAAAACAUGUACAAAACAGUUGAUAAAACCAUCUACAAACAAGCGUUCAGCCCUGAGACCCUAAUAAGAUGUUGGAACGAAUGUCAGGACACGUCCUCCUUUCCCAGCCGAAGAAUACAAGUGGAGGAAUUCAAUAAGAAGAACUACUGGAAGAAGAGAGGCAUUGCUAUGAUCCCCAUGAAGUUUUCAGUUGGCUUUGCUGCAUCAAGCUAUCAUCAGGCAGCUGCACUGGUUCAUAUCUACACUGAUGGGUCUGUAUUGGUCACACAUGGAGGCAACGAACUGGGACAAGGUAUUCACACCAAAAUGCUACAGGUGGCCAGCCGUGAGUUAAGAAUACCCAUGUCUUAUCUGCACAUCUGUGAAACAAGUACAGCCACGGUGCCUAAUACAAUUGCUACAGCAGCAUCCAUCGGCUCAGAUGUCAACGGCAGAGCCGUGCAGAAUGCUUGUCAGAUUCUUCUGAAACGCCUUGAGCCCGUCAUUAAGAAAAAUCCAGAAGGCACCUGGGAAGACUGGAUCGAAGCUGCUUUUGAACAAAGAAUCAGUCUUUCAGCCACUGGAUACUUCAGGGGCUACAAGGCCUUCAUGGACUGGGAGAAGGGAGAGGGAGACCCUUUUCCCUACUAUGUCUAUGGAGCAGCCUGUUCUGAGGUUGAAAUUGACUGCCUGACAGGAGCUCACAAGAAAAUCAGAACGGACAUCGUCAUGGAUGCCUGUUGUAGUCUAAAUCCAGCCAUUGAUAUUGGGCAGAUUGAAGGUUCAUUUAUUCAGGGAAUGGGCCUCUAUACCACUGAAGAGCUGAAAUAUUCCCCAGAAGGUGUCCUGUACUCUCGAGGCCCAGAUGCGUACAAAAUUCCAACCAUCACUGACGUCCCUCAAGAGUUUAAUGUCUCCCUGCUGCCAUCAUCACAAACCCCAUUAACCAUCUAUUCAUCCAAGGGCCUGGGGGAGUCCGGGAUGUUCCUGGGGUCAUCUGUGUUCUUCGCCAUCACUGAUGCUGUGGCUGCAGCCCGCAGAGAAAGAGACCUAGCUGAGGACUUCAUAGUGAAGAGCCCAGCGACCCCAGAAUGGGUUCGAAUGGCCUGUGCAGAUCGAUUCACGGAGAUGAUCCCAAGAGAUGACCCUACAACAUUUAAACCCUGGUCUAUCCCUGUAGCAUAAGGCUGCUGUCAUUUCCUAAAAGGUAUUUCACAAAUGAAAAGAUGGCUUAUUCAUCCUAACUGGACUCCAAACUGAUAUUCUUAUCUUAUACAGUAUAAGAAUUUAACAUUUAAAUAUAAAACACUUUAAGUAUUUUAAUGAUUUAGAAACAUUCAUCAGGUCUGAUUACAUCAACACAAUGAAUCAACACUUACAAAUGACUUAUACUUUCUAGCCUAGAGGCCAUCAGACAAACACUGCAAUAGUCACAGCAAGCAGUGAAAUGCUGAUUUGUUUCUGAAUAGAUCAUGCAAACAUUGCUGUGAAGGCAAAUGUUUCCUUUGCGUGUCCAUCCAAUCUAACUGAACUAGUCAUACAGGUUACAAUCCUAAAAUGAAAGACUUCUUAGUAGGUUAACUUGUGAUUACUCUUCCCAGGGAUGUGUUUGAUUCAGUGGCCACAGGUAGGGACACUCCGAAAGUUCUAAAGGUUUGGUACCGUUUGGUUUUGUUUUUACUAUGGAGUAGCUAUGGGUCUGUGUAUGUGCAUUUGACAGCAAAGGAGUAUGUUCCUUGUGUCGGUCAGCUGUUCAACAGGUUAACAUUCAUCUGGAAUUUGGAGGGGAGAAGCAGUGUAAAAACAUUUUUGAUAUAUUAUCACAAACACUUUUUAAAAAACAUUGUUUAUAAAAAAAAAAAAAAAUCCAGGAGUUCCUGCUGUGGUGUAGCAGGUUAAG